GGCCCGGUGAGUUGCAGCUAUCGCGAGAGCACAACUCGGAAGUCACACGUCUGGAGCCGGUGGCCGGGGAACCCACGUGUAGCGGGCUUGGGGUCGCGGUCCGCAGAGGCAGUCCGGCCGGAGGCGCGAUGGGGAAGCUGCGCCGGCGGUAUAACGUCAAGGGGCGGCAGCAGGCGGCCCCCGGCCCCUCGAAGAGCGCCCCCGAGCCGCCUCCCGUGCGGCUGGAACUGGAGGACAAGGACACGUUGAAAGGCGUGGAUGCUAGCAACGCGCUUGUCCUGCCCGGGAGGAAGAAGAAGAAGACCAGAGCCCCGCCCCCGCGGAAGGAGAGGAAGCCCCUGAGCAGGAAGGAGCGGAAGGCCCUGCAGAGGGUCCUGGAGCAGAAGGAGAAGAAGAGCCAGCGAGCGGAGCUGCUGCAGAAGCUGAGCACGGUCCAGGCGUCGGAGGCCGAGAUGAAGCUGUUCUACACCACGUCCAAGCUGGGCACCGGGGAGCGCAUGUACCUGCGCAGAGACAGGAAGUCCGACGAGGCAGCAGCCCAGGGUCAGAAGAUCAGCAGCCUCGGUGGGGCCCACCGGAAGCGCCGUCGCGAGCCGUCCGCAGAGGAGGGAUCUGAGUCCUCGGCGUCCUCAGCGGAGUCUGAGCCUGACGAGGCCCCGGCCUCUGAGCUGCCUGGUGCAGAGACAGUGGCAGUGCCUCUGACACCAGCUUUGCCAGGGCCCGAGGACCAGAGCCUGGCACCCCCCUGCCAGCCCACUGCGUCCGGGACCCCUGCUCCUGCAGCUGCAGCGCUGCCCAGGCCGCCGGCGAAGCCCGCUGUGUUCGUCCCCGUGCACCGCUCCCCUGAGAUGCAGGAGGAGCGGCUCAAGCUCCCUAUUCUCUCUGAAGAGCAAGUGAUCAUGGAGGCGGUGGCCGAGCACCCCAUCGUCAUUGUGUGCGGCGAGACCGGCAGUGGGAAGACGACACAGGUGCCCCAGUUCCUGUACGAAGCAGGCUACAGCAGCGAUGACGGCAUCAUCGGCGUCACCGAGCCCCGCCGAGUGGCUGCCAUGGCCAUGUCCCAGAGAGUGGCCAAGGAGAUGAAUCUGUCGCAGCGGGUCAUCUCCUACCAGAUCCGGUACGAAGGGAACGUGACCGAAGAGACGAGGAUCAAGUUCAUGACGGACGGGGUGUUGCUCAAGGAAAUCCAGAAGGACUUCCUGCUGCUGAAGUACAAGGUGGUGAUCAUCGACGAGGCCCACGAGAGGAGCGUGUACACCGACAUCCUCAUCGGCCUGCUGUCCCGCAUCGUGUCCCUGCGGGCAAAGAGGCACCUGCCGCUGAGGCUGCUCAUCAUGUCGGCCACGCUGCGGGUAGAGGACUUCACCCAGAACCAGCGGCUCUUCGCCCAGCCGCCCCCCGUCAUCAAGGUGGAGUCCCGGCAGUUCCCGGUGACGGUGCAUUUUAACAAGAGGACCCCACUGGAAGACUACAGUGGCGAGUGCUUCCGGAAGGUGUGCAAGAUCCACCGGAUGUUGCCUGCAGGUGGCAUCCUGGUGUUCCUGACGGGGCAGGCCGAGGUGCACGCUCUGUGCCGCAGGCUCAGGAAGGCCUUCCCACCCUCCAGGCCCCAGGCCAAAGAAAAGGAAGACGAGAAAGACUCGGCGGAAGAAAUGCGGAAGUUCAAGAAGUCGCGGGCCAGGGCGAGAAAGGCUCGUGCCGGCUCGACACUGCCCCCGAUCAACCUGGAUAACUACUCGGUGUUGCCGGCGGGCGAGGGCGACGAGGACCGGGAGGCAGAGAUGGACGACGAGGAGGCGGCCCUGGGCUCCGACCUCGAUCUGGACUUGGGGGAUGACGAGGCGGACGGAGGCGAGCAGCUGGACGCCUCCCUCCCCCUCCACGUGCUCCCGCUCUACUCGCUGCUGGCCCCAGAGAAGCAGGCGCAGGUCUUCAGGCCACCCCCAGAGGGCACUCGGCUGUGUGUGGUGGCCACCAACGUGGCCGAGACGUCCCUCACCAUCCCCGGCAUCAAGUACGUGGUGGACUGUGGCAAGGUCAAGAAGCGCUACUAUGACCGUGUCACGGGCGUGUCCUCCUUCCGCGUCACCUGGAUCUCCCAGGCGUCGGCCGACCAGCGGGCAGGCCGGGCGGGCCGGACAGAGCCUGGCCACUGCUACAGGCUGUAUUCGUCUGCAGUUUUUGGUGACUUCGAGCAGUUUCCUCCUCCAGAAAUCACCCGGAGGCCCGUGGAAGACCUGGUCCUGCAGAUGAAGGCGCUGAGCAUUGAGAAGGUCAUCAACUUCCCCUUCCCGACGCCCCCCUCUGUGGAGGCCCUGGCUGCUGCCGAGGAGCUGCUGAUCGCGCUGGGGGCCCUGCAGGCCCCCCCGAAGGCAGAAAGGGUGAAGCAGCUGCAGAGCUCACGGCUGAGCUGCCCCAUCACGGCGCUGGGCAGGACCAUGGCCACCUUCCCCGUGGCACCCCGCUACGCCAAGAUGCUGGCCCUGAGCCGGCAGCACGACUGCCUGCCCUACACCAUCACCAUCGUGGCCGCCAUGACUGUGCGGGAGCUGUUCGAGGAGCUGGACAGGCCAGCUGCCAGCGAUGAGGAACUCGCUGUGCUGAAAGACAAGCGGGCCCGGGUGGCCCAGAUGAGGAGGACGUGGGCAGGGCAGGGGGCGUCCCUGAAGCUUGGUGACCUCAUGGUGCUGCUGGGCGCUGUAGGAGCCUGCGAGUACGCCGGCUGCUCGCCCCGGUUCUGUGAAGCCAACGGGCUGCGGUACAAGGCCAUGCUGGAGAUCCGGCGCCUGCGGGGCCAGCUGACCACUGCAGUCAACGCCGUGUGCCCCGAGGCCGAGCUCUUCGUGGAUCCGAAGAUGCAGCCUCCCACCGAGAGCCAGGUGACCUACCUGCGGCAGAUCGUGACGGCCGGCCUGGGCGACCACCUGGCCCGCAGGGUGCACAGCGAGGAUCUCCUGGACGACAAGUGGAGGAAUGGCUACAAGACCCCUCUCCUGGACGAGCCCGUCUUCAUCCACCCCAGCUCCGUCCUCUUCCGAGAGCUCCCCGAGUUCGUGGUCUACCAGGAAAUCAUGGAGACCACCAAGAUGUACAUGAAAGGUGUCUCCACUGUGGAUGUCCAGUGGAUCCCGGUCCUGCUGCCCUCCUACUGCCAGUUUGACAAGCCCCUGGAGGAGCCGGCCCCCGCCUACUGCCCUGAGAAAGGCCGGGUGCUGUGUCACCGUGCCAGCGUGUUCUAUCGCGUGGGCUGGCCGCUCCCCGCUGUGCAGGUGGACUUUCCGGAGGGCGUCGACCGCUACAAGCACUUUGCGCGGUUUCUGCUGGAAGGGCAGGUCUUCCGCAAGCUGGCGGCGUACCGGAGCUGUUUGCUGUCCAGCCCCAGCACAAUGCUGAAGACGUGGGCCAGGCUGCAGCCCAGGACACAGAGUCUGCUGAGCGCCCUCGUGGCCGAGAAGGCCGACUGCCGCGACGCCCUGCUGGCCGCGUGGAAGAGAAGCCCCAAGUACCUGCUGACCCAGUACUGCGAGUGGCUCCCGCAAGCCAUGCACGCCGACGUCGAGAAGGGCUGGCCCCCGGCCUCUGACCCCUGAGCCGACGCCUGCCUCUGCCGAGGACUGGGGACAGGGAGUGCAGUGCGCUGCCACUGGAACCACCUGGCAUGGUCACCUGACCACCCCCUGCUCACCAAGGCCCUGGGCGAGCCUCGUCCAUCCCAUGUGGAUUCUGGACGAGCCCGUGGGCCUGGACACUGGCCCUGGCUGUGUGUCGGGUGCUGCGGGGAGACUGUCUCAUGGUGGGUGAGGACUUCAGGUCACAGGUGGACCCUGUGGUGAAGACGCUCUGCACCACGCUCACCCUUGGGGAACAUGGCCCGGGGUGUCUGCAGGCCCUUCCCCGGCACUGUGGAGCCCCUCCCUACAGGAAGGGGGCCCAGGGCCACCCAGAAGACGGGCCCAGCCACAGGGAAGACGGGCCCUUCCCUGUGUGUGGCUAUGUGGCCAGGGUCGUGUGCCCCUGGUGAUCGGCUCAGAUGGCAAGGAGCUGACCUUGGCCAUCUCUCGUCUCCUCUGCCACACCACACUGACUGGGGACACACGUGUUCUCUUGGCCUGGAAUGGGCCAAGAGAAAAAAGACCCCCCCUCUUUUUUUCUAGGGUGGAGGUGGGAGGGAGGGGACAGAGGAGGUCCUCAGGAGAGGAGGAGUGGGAAGACCCCUCGGGACCAAGGGGUCAGGAACUCUGCCCAGAGCCAUGCUCUGGUCUGGGUGGCUUCUGUCCCAGGCGUCCUGGUUGUGGGCUGUGGUAGGAGUGGUUGUUGAAUAAAAGCGCUCCUGCCACUCAGGCUGUGCUGUGCAGUGACUCAGGGAGAGACUCGGGGGCCUGGCCUGAGUUGUCUGCCCAGCCCCCUCCUGAACCCCCUGGGGGUGGGGGCUUUUCACCUGCCAGGCUCUCAAAGCCCUGGGCAGGGGCCAGCAACGCCCCCGCCCCAUAUCCCUGUGCCUGCUCACUCUGCACCCAGCUUCCUGCUGAUGACCCUGGGGAGGUGGCCGGUGAUGGCUCAACUGCUUGGGCCCUGCCACCCACGUGGGAGACCCAGAUGGUGUUCUUGGCCCCUCACUGCAGUCUGGCCAGUCCUGGCUGGCAUGGCCACGUGAGGGAGUGGACUGAGGUAGAGGGUCUCUGUGUCAGAGUGUGUGUCUGUCUCUCCCUCUCUGUUGCUCUGCCUUUCAAAUAAAUACGUAAAUCUUUUUUUUAAAGCCCUUCGCAAAUUCCGUCUUGCGGCCUGGGGCUCGGCCCCACCCAGGCUGCCCCUGGGUUGCGCAUGCAUGGGCAGCCUGCAGAGCCCGACCUGCCCGUGAUGGGAGCAAUAAUCCCCUGCUACCAGCUAGGGGAGGUUCUCCAGAGAACCACACAGCACGAGUCCUGGCCGCUCAGAUGGGAAGAGGGCGCCAUUCCCCCAGCCGCCGUCUCGGGCGCUGUGGUGGCUGCACAGUCACCCUGCUUCCUUUGCCAUCUGGUCCCACCUCCUCAGCCGGAGCUCUAAGGUUUUGCCGUACUGCCCGUGGCGUGGCACUCCACUGGCUUUACCACCCAGUCCUAGAGCCGUGCUCAGCCCCAGCGGCCACUAAGCUGCCUGUCCACCAGCCCUCGUGGCACCCCCAUCCAUGAAGCCACUCCUGUGCUCCGUGGCCCAUGUCUGGCUGGACUCAGCUUCACGCCGGGAAGGUUCUCCCUGCCACAGCAGGUGUCAGGGCCUCAUUCCCUCCCACGGCUCAGCCACAGCCCGCUGUACCGGCCACCGUGUUCUGUGUCCACGUGUUGGUGGACGUGAGUCGUGUCCACCCUUUGGCCACAGGAGCGAGCUGUGAGCAUCCUGAGAACAAGCCUGUGUCACGUAUACUCUGCAGGUCUCUCCCCCAGGUCGGCUCCACCUUCCCGAUAGCGUCCUUUGGGGGACGGUGUUUGUGGCCUUGAUGUCCCACUGGCGGGUCUGGCUGCUUGUGUUUUGGGUGUCGUAGCUAAGAAAGCCUCACCCAGGCCAGUGUCACUGCGUCGUCCCCCUCGAGUUUGAGCGUUGCUAUCUGCAGUCCGUGUUGAGUGUGUGUUGGUGUGUGGCGUGAGGCGGGUUGCCCACACGCUUAGUCCCAGGCCUUGUGAAGGGGGUCGGCACCCAUGUCACAGACUGGUUGACCGCAGAGGCAUGGCUCAAUUUCUAGACUAAUGUAUGCCUCAUACACGUGUCCCCAGGGGAACCCUCUCGUCUGUGUCUGGUCCUUUCUGAUGUCCCCAAAUCAGCGCAGGACUCAGAUAAAGGGCGCAGGUGUGGGGCCAACACUGUGGCGUAAUGGGUAAGGCCACACCGCCUGCAGUACCGGCAUAUGGGCGCCAGUUCAAGUCCUGGCUGCUCCACUUCUGAUCCAGCUCUCUGCUGUGGCCUGGGAAAGCAGUAGAAGAUGGUCCAAGUCCUGGGGCCCCUGCACCCGUGUGGGAGACCCAGAUGAGGCUUCUGGCUUUGGGUAGGCGCAGUUUUGGGUGUUGUGGCCAUUUGGGGAGUGAACCAGCGGAUGGACCUUUCUCUCUCUCCCUCCCUCCCUCCCUCCCUCUCCUUCUU